UUUACCACGAUCUCCUAUCGUAUCUUAUAAAGGACUCAUCAAUUUUCGUCAGUUUUUAUGUGUUUUGAUCUAAGCGAAAAGCAGCAAAUGUUUCUAGAAGAAACAUUUCAAGGAAAGCAUUUCUUACAUGUUACAAAAACCUGAGUUGAUAGAAAGCUGAAUAAUUAUCGGUUCGUUGAGACGAUGAUUGAUUGAUUGAGUAUCGUGAUUGAUUGUGAAUUUUUUUUUGUUGAUUUUCCAAGUGAAAUUGGAUAAAUAGAAAAAUAUUUCCCACUCUACACAUAAAAACGCUAGUGAGAUGACACGAGGAAGUAAAGACUACCUUGAAGAUAUGUUGGACAUGUCAGAGUUUCCAAUUAACGACAGUCAAAGUGAAAUCCCCCAAUUCUUCACGGGAUGUAAUGUGUUAAUAACGGGUGGUUCCGGUUUUCUCGGCCAACUUUUAAUAGAAAAAUUAUUGCGUAUGUUAAGAUCCUGGCAAGUUUUCCGAAUUGGACGAAACAAUCAAGAGGUACAAAAGGGUAUCAUACCUAACAAGGCUCGGGCUGAGGAACUUGCAACCGCACAGUUCAACGCUACGAAGAAAGAGAUGAGUGCUAACGAGAGCAGAGGUAGCUUCUUCAGGAGAAGAAGAAACAGUCACAGACGCUCGAAAUCUUUAGGAAGGGUUUACGACAGAUUAAAGAAAGAGCAGCCCAAUUUUAAUACCAAAGUAAUAAUGAUACAUGCCGAUUUAAACAAGUUGGAUCUCGGAUUAUCAAACGACAAUCGAGAACGUCUUUUGGAUACAAAUGUAAUAUUUCACGCAGCAGCGACUGUACGAUUUAAUGAAUCGCUUCGAAAUGCAGUAAAUAUAAAUAUAAGAGGAACAAAGCAGCUUCUUCUCUUAGCAAAAGAAAUGACGAAGUUAAAGUCAUUCGUUUACGUAUCUACUGCAUUUUCCCAUUGUGUAAAUAAUUUCAUUGAAGAAAGAUAUUAUCCUACGCCUAUGGAAACAGACAAAAUUUUGACUUUAGUCGAUAUUAUGGACGAUGAAAAAUUGGACAAAUUCAUGCCAAUAUUAAUAGACGACUGGCCGAAUUCAUAUGCAUAUACAAAGGCGAUCGCUGAAGACACUAUUCGACAAUACAGCAUAGGAAUUCCAGUUUGCAUUGUACGACCAUCAAUUAUAAUAUCAACCGCUGAUGAACCAGUGAGCGGCUGGAUCAACAACAUAUAUGGAGCAGUCGGUGUUGUCGUGGGUAGUGCCAUAGGUUUAUUACGUACUUUGCAUUGUGAUCCUAAUAAAGUGGCAGACAUAGUGCCCGCUGAUUAUGUUAUUUCGCAUCUCAUAGUUGCGGGUUGGGAUACCGCCAAAAGAAGAAAUACUUUGUUGAGCAUCGAGAAUGCAAAUCCGGAUAUUCCAGAAACUGAGAGAGUUCCGAUUUACAAUUACGUGUCGAUAUGCCAAAAUCCCAUUACUUGGAAGAAAUUUAUGAAAUUAAAUGAACUGUACGGCAUGCAGGUACCAAGCACACAUGUUCUUUGGUAUUACAUGUUUUUUCUAAACAAAUAUAAAUUUAUGCACGAUAUGUAUGUGAUAAUUCUACACAUGAUACCCGCUGUUAUAGUCGAUACUAUGCUCUUUCUUAUUGGCCGAAAACCCAUGCUAUUAAAGGCAUAUAAGAAGAUAAACCAUUUUAGCUCUAUAAUAGCAUACUUUUCGUCGCAAGAAUGGCGAUUCAGCAAUGACGCUGUUGUAAAGCUCUGGAAUCGUGUGACUCCAGCUGAUCGCCAGAUUUUCAAUUUCAAUAUGAAUAACUUGGAGUGGGAAUUAUAUCUCAAGAAUAUGAUACCUGGUUUGCGCUUAUAUUUAAUUAAAGAUCCGAUGGAAACCUUAGAGAAAGGACGUGAGAAAUAUAGGAGGCGAGUAAUUUUCAUUAUUAAAGGUCUACCAUUACUCUUUGUUAACGGUUAUUACGGUUUUAUUAGUAUGGAGUGUCAUAAGCUUAGUAAAUCAUAUGAUGUCUUUCUUGUAAUUUAA